GAAAUAGCAAGUUGAUAUAAGGACUAGCUUACUGCUCGUACUCCAUCUUGAUACAGUUGAGUAGAGACUCGUAGUAAUUGAAGUUAUCAAAUUUCUGCUAAUUUGCUGCCAUUAAUGAAACUAAACAACUACUAAAAUUCUGGGAAUUCAACAAAAAAACCAAAGGUUGAUUCAUAAUCCAUGUUUGUUUAUACUCGUUCAGCAAAAUCACUUCUUCGAGCAAUUUCAAUUUCAACAUCAACAACAAACCCAGAAACAAUUUCUCUUCUUUUCCCUAAAACCCUAAACCCUAAUUUCAACAACAAUAAAUUCGACGUCGAAUUUCAAUGGUUAAAUCGGAAAAUUAGCACUAGUUCAUCGGCGGCGAGAGGAGGAGGAGGAGGAGGAGUGUGGCGGAACCCUAAUAGUAUAUCAAUAUGGAGGAGAAAGAAAGAAAUUGGGAAAGAAGGUUUAAUUGUUGCCAAAGAAUUGAAGCGUCUUCAAUCAAACCCUGUUCGUCUUCAACGUUGUAUUCAAUCUCAUGUUUCUCGCCUCCUUAAAUCUGAUCUUGUUUCUGUUCUUGCUGAGUUUCAACGCCAAGAUCAAGUUUUUCUCUCAAUGAAAUUGUAUGAUGUAGUGCGGAAAGAGAUAUGGUACCGUCCAGACAUGUUCUUCUACAGGGACAUGCUCAUGAUGCUUGCAAGGAACAAAAAGGUAGAUGAAGCAAAGCGGGUGUGGGAGGACUUAAAGAGGGAAGAAGUCCUAUUUGAUCAGCACACUUUCGGUGACAUUAUGAGGGCCUUUUUGGACAAUGAACUGCCAGGUGAGGCAAUGGAAAUAUAUGCUGAAAUGAGGCAAUCCCCCGAUCCUCCUCUUUCACUUCCUUUUCGAGUCAUUCUGAAAGGGCUUAUACCAUAUCCUGAAUUGAGGGAGAAGAUCAAAGCUGACUUUCUGGAGCUAUUCCCUGGAUACUCGGUUUAUGAUCCUCCUGAAGACCUCUUUGAAGACCAAGACUGGAAAACAGAGAGUGAUUUGGAUUAGUGAGGUAAGCUUACCAACCUUAGUUGUUUUAGAGAGAGAGAGAGGGGAGAUUUUUGAGUCUUUGGGACCGUGAGUAUUUAUGUUCCUUGGAAAAAAGAAAUAGAAAAAGUUUUUUUCAUUGGUUGAAACCUCAACUGAAAGUCUGUAACUGGACAAAUUUGUAUCUAUGUUUUACAUGAGAAAAAUUAAGCCUAAAAGGUACUCUGUACUGUUUAUAUGCCAAACAAUUGAGAUUGCUGUAAUACAAUACACCUGGUGAACACAUUCUCUCAAGUUUCUAAAGGUAAUCCAUUUUGUACUUAGAUAUUAACAACUCUACAUAAAUUUUCCGCAAUCCCACCUGUGGGUAUGAAUGAAAUUUGGAGUUUUUCUUGC